GUGGAGGCCGAGGCUCAGCGCUUCAUCGCGGCCGUGGCGCUCAUGUUCCACACCACGGCUCCCAUGCUGCACGUGCCGCCCGCGCUGCUGCGCCGCCUCAACGCGCCCGCCUGGCGCCGACACGUGCAGGCCUGGGACGCCAUCUUCGCACAGGCUGACAAGUGCAUCCAGAGCGUGUACCGUGACCUGCGGCUGCAGCGCAAGAGCCCCCAGGAGCACGUGGGGGUCCUGGGUAACCUGAUCCUGCGCGACGCCAUGGCCCUGGGGGACAUCCGCGCCAGCGUCACCGAGAUGAUGGCCGGAGGGGUGGACACGACCUCCAUGACCCUGCAGUGGGCGCUGUGGGAGCUGGCGCGGGCCCCGGGCGUGCAGGAGCAGCUSCGCAGCGAGGUCCUGGCAGCUAAAAGGGACACGGGCGGCGACAGGGCCAGGAUGCURCAAUGCACCCCGCUGCUCAAGGCCACCAUCAAGGAGACCCUCAGGCAGUUCCGCCCGCAGCGCUGGCUCGCCGCCGGCCCCAAACCCUUCCAGGGACUGAGCUUCGGCUUCGGGCCCCGCCAGUGCCUGGGGCGCCGCAUCGCCGAGAUCGAGAUGCAGCUCUUCCUGAUGCACAUCCUGGAGAACUUCAAGAUCGAAACCAUGCGAGCGGUGGAAAUCGGGACCAAGUUCGACCUCAUCCUGAUCCCGGACAAACCCAUCCAGCUGACGCUGCGUCCCCUCGAGAGCCAGCCCUGAGGGUGGCACCCAGCCUGUCCCCRUUUUGGGGACAUUCCCCACAAACCCCCACGGGUUCUGUCCUUCCAGCCGCGGUGGUAUUUGGGGACAGCUGGGAUGACUCUUGGGGUCGCAGCCUGAGCCUGAACCUGCAGCCUUUGCCUGAAGGUCAAAAUCUUUUCCUCAAGGCCGGAACCAAGGCCUCAAGCUCAGGCUCAGGCUCAGCAUUAAGGCCUCAGGCUCAGGCUCAGUCUUUGCCUCAAGGCUGCGCUGACACCACCAGGGGAGAUAAACCUUAAUUCUGCCUUAAUGAUAAACCUUAAUGAUUGAUCGAUUCCGCCGUGAUUGAUUGAUCCCCUCUGAUUGAUUGAUCCACUGUGAUCGAUUGAGUCCGCUGUGAUUGAUUGAUUGAUACACUCUGAUUGAUUGAUUCUGCAGUGAUUGAUUGAUCCCCUCUGACUGAUUGAUCCCCUCUGA